ACAUCACCGCCUUUUUUCUAACCACUCCGUACUUUCUGUCCUUCUGUUAUUUUCCUGUCGUUUCCCAACACAUCACGAACACCGCAGGUGCACAGGGCAUCCUCCUGAUUUUAUGCUCUUUGUCUUUUUUUUCUUCAGGUGGAAAGCGUUUUGGUAGCAGCAAAACAUAUCCAUCCACGACGGCGACGAGGAGGCAGGGCUUUCCUCACCUGUAGAUCCCAUUCCUCGCCCUCCUGUCCUGCCUGUCAUCACCGCCUCUUUAGCAUCUACGUGUAGCUGCAAACAUCAAGGGUUACUGACGAGCUCCAUGGCCCUUCCCGUGCAGCGCACCUAGACCACAUUUCUGCAAACUGUAUCAGUGGCCUUAACCCCUCCCCCCAACAUUUCUCCACAUUUUCACCCUCUCUAACCGUCCCCCCACUCAAACUCCUCAUUCUCCUCUCGGUCUCCUGCCAUCGCGCCCAGCUGUGGCCAUCACAGGGCACGCUCGCUGGCUUUCACCUGACAGGUCCCUGGCCUCAGGACAACAGCCAGCACAAACACGUUCCCUACAUGAGGGACAAAGCAACACAGACCCCCAGGGCCUGGGCAGAUGAGAGGAGGAGGGGCUCUCAUAAACGCUCAGCUUCCUGUGGGAGCACCGACCAGCUCAAGGAGAUUGCCAAAUUGCGUCAGCAGCUUCAGCGCAGCAAACGCAGCAGCCGCCAUCGGAGGGAUAAAGAGCGCAAGUCCCCAUUCAAUGGCAGCCAUGCUAUCAUCCAGUCGCAGUCACCUAUGCCCAAGACCAUUCUGAUCCCCAUCCCUAUAUCCAAGUCAUCGGCCCCUCGUUUCCGCAACAGUGUGGAGGGCCUCAACCAGGAGAUUGAACGCAUCAUUAUCCGCGACACCCCUGAGAAGGAUGAGACCAUAGUGCCACAGGAUGUCCCAGAUGGGCACCGUGCACCGCCACCUGUCCCCCCACAGCGCAGCAGCAGCACCCGCAGCAUCGACACACAGACACCCUCAGGGGGCGGCCUAAGUGGUAACCACAGCAACUGCAGUAGCCGUCCUGACUCCAUCUCACCCUCCUACCUCAGCGUCCUCAACGACACAGGUGGAGGCAGCCCCUAUGAGGAUAAAGAGCUGGGCCCCUGUUCCCCGCUACCUAAAUAUGCUGCCUCUCCCAGGCCUAACAACAGCUACUGGUUCAAGAGAGAACCUCCAGAGGGCUGCGAGAGGGUCAAAGUGUUCGAGGAGUCCAUGCCCAAACCACUUCAGGAGAUCCCUCCCUUCCUGUGUCCUGACCGCAACAAGGUCAACUUCAUCCCCAACAGCGGCUCUGCCUUCUGCCUCGUCAGCAUCCUCAAACCCUUACUCCCUGCCCAAGAGCUCAGCUUCCGCCCUGGGAUGGGCCUGCGAAGCCUGUCCCCUUCCCUUGUGCCUCUGUCCACCCAACCCUGCCUCCUGGAGGAGCCCGAGAGCUUCUGACAAGUCGUUUAAAUCACCAAAGCCCCCAGGACCCCCGCCCACACACACAAACAAUCAGAUAACAUUUGAAACAAGGAAAACAACCUUUGUGCUCCAAAAAAUGAGCUUGUCAGCUCAGCUCUCGCUGAUGUCCUUAUCUUGUUGAAACAGCACUUCCUCUUCAGCCUCUCCUCCUGAGACAACACGAGAGUUCUGCAGCCCUGUGCAGGGGUCUGCAGCUAACAUUCCAUCGCUUUCUUCUAUCUUCAGUGCUGGUUAUGUUCUGGUUUUUGGAAGGACAAGGCAAAAGGACAGACUCUUUUAUUUCAUCAUAUUAUACCAUGGCGCCUUUUCACAGACAUAUCUCUUUUUCUAUCUGUUAUUUCUCUUGAUAUAAAAUAUGCCUUCCAUUACAAAAAAAAAACAAAAAACAGAGAUUGACCACGGAGGCUCAUUUUGGUGCUGCCAGAUAUAUCGUAGCAAAACUUGAAGGGUUGUGACAAGGAGAUGUUCAAAAAUGUGCCUGACCUUUUUGACCACUCAGUUUCCCCAAACCAGCUUAGUGUUCUGAUCAUGUGUGAUCUUAAGCACAACACACGAUCGUUGCACUAGGGUGGCCAUAGAUACAUGCUGAAGGGCAGGGCCAAGCUUCAGAAAUACAAGGAAGCAUUCAGGCCACCUGUGAACCAAAUCCAGACAUUUGUUUUGUACUUUUAUCAGCCAUUUACAGUGAAAGCUGGUACAAGGUGAUGCCUUUGUUCUGCUAACUGGUAGCAAUGACCUGGGCCCCUGCUGAGAGGUGUGUAUCUGUGGGAAACACAGGCCAGGGCUUUGACGUGCAGCAG